AUGAUUGGAACGAUAAUAAAGGACGACAUUGACUGCAUCAAGCGCGUUCACACUGAUGGAUUCGUCUCGACCAAACCAUGGACAGUCAAGACUGGCAAGAAAUCGCUCGACUACCCCAAGUUGGGCACCGAGUGUGGCGACCUGCGAUACGAGGGCUACUGUCCCGACGCAAUCGUCAAGAACAUGACCAAGCCAGUUGGAUCGUUCGCCAUUGGAAUAUGGCAAACAGAAGGCUGUUAA